UUUUAGUGACUUUUAAAAAAAACAAUCUUUUUUAAGAACUUGUAACUAUUAAUCUAAUUAUAACGAAUGAUGAAAUUUAAAAUGCUCGCAACUUCUUUCUUCAUCAUGGGAACUAUUUUUCAAAAAUUUGUUUUCAGCGCUGAUUCAAGCUCAAUGGCGUUCUGUACUGGAGCAGGUUUAAAUUGUUCGAGCUAUUGCCCUCAAUGUUUUCCAGGUGGAUGGUGUGUUCAAGACGAAAAUGGUUUAAAUACUGGAAAAUGCUUAUGCAAUUACGGCUGGACUGGGCCGCUUGGUAGCUACAUUAAAGACACAGCUAAUCUGGAAUGGGGUAAAAACAGAGUUACAGCUUCAAAUUGUGCAACUCCCUGUCAUUACACAUAUGCUGUAAGAAACCAAACAUGUGCUACAGAUUCUCCAUCUUCAACGUGUAAUCCAGCUGUAUGUGAAAGCAACCAACGUGGAAAAUGCGUCAAUGGUGUUUGUCAGUGUUGCAAAGGAUGGUCAGGGGAAAAUGCAGUAUAUCAAAAUGAUCAUUACAACACUGAUGGAGUUCUAUUUAAAUGUGAUAAACCAUGUCCUUACUUAGGUCCUGGAAUAGAAAAUCCAAGUUGCAAACCGGCAUCUCUCCCUUCACCAUGCAACUCUAAAUGUGUACUAAAUGAUGGAAAAUGCAAUGAGAAAACUGGUCGGUGCUUGUGUUGUGAGGGUUGGACUGGAGAAAACGCUCAAUUUGAAGACGACGGUGGAAUAUCUGUUGCUGGCUUCUGUAACGUGUAUUGCCCAUACGUCAAAACAAUGGACUUAAGUCAACGAAACUUGUUAUGCGUUAAUCCAGAUUACAUCAAACGCUCCACAAUUUAAAUUAUAAGUGUAUUUUGCUUAUUUUAAGUAUUAUUUUUAUUUGUUGGUAUAAAUAAGUGUAUUAACUUUAUUUGUAAGUAAUUUUAAUUAUAUAGUAAUAAAAUAUUUUUAAGUA